AUGCGUGGUACGCAAGAAAUUCCGACUGUACGCCCGCCUCCCGACCCCAUUCCGACUUACGAGCCAAAUCAACCAGAUUCUUAUUACCCGCCCGCCCUCAAUCGAUUCGAGAGGAUAUGGCACGAUCGAUAUCAUUUCCUGCUUCAGAAGGGUCUUCAAUUACGCCCUCGUUACCGUCCGGGGUGGGUCCCCUCCUGGCUCAAUGCAAAGGGUGAAUUUCUUCUGCACGAGGAUUCAUUGCAACAACCUAUACCACAAGUAAUGGAUGCCAAGCGAACAAAGGAUGGCGCCACGGUAUGCUUGAAGACCGUGUAUCGAACACCUAAAGAAGCAGAAAUCGCGAGAUACUUUUCCUCGCCGGAGUUAUUGCAAAAGCCAACCAACCACUCAGUACCUAUUCUUGAUGUAUUUCGAGAUCCUUCAGCGCCCGACUUCGAAUAUUUGGUGAUGCCUCUAUUGCGACCUUUUGACGAUCCCGAGUUUGGGCUUAUCGGGGAGGCUGUGGACUUUGUGUCUCAAAUUCUUGAACACACGGGUGCAAAUAUUAUGAUGGAUGCUCGUCCCAUCUACCCUCAGGGGUGGCAUUUCAAAGCCAAGAAUUACACACCUGAUGGGAUCACCUUUAUGUCGCCUCUAGCACGUAUAGAGAUCCAUUUAAGGUCGAUGUCUUUACUGUUGGGAACGUUUUUUUCAGGCAAAACAGGGGUUACACAGUAUAACACAUCUAUUCAACGACGACUUGCGGACUUGGCAGCCGGCCUUAACGUGAUUUACAAUUCGCUCACAUCCUUGUGCGACCGGCGCUCUUUCUCAAGUAUACCCAUUGGACUGAUGCAGCGACCGGCGCUGAGUGGUGCCCCCAUGCUUGGCCCACCAUUCCCUAAAUUGGCGUCUUCAAAACUCUUGUCGUUCGAUCGGAGAACUGUACUUGCCUUGAUGAUGGCUAUCUCCCGGUCCAACCAAAUCUUCCCUCAUGGCGCUAUCAAGUUCGCUUAG